AUGAACACCCAGGAACUCGCGCAGUACCUGGCUGACGCCCCUCCCAGCGUCGUGAGACUCGAGAUUGAGAAGCAUUUUGAGCCUUUGACCGACAAGCAGAAGCGUUAUGCUCACUUCAUCAGCAGAGCAUCUCUCGCUGGUAACCGCAUUGUCCUUAGACAAGUUUCGCCUGAAUCGGAGGCCAUCUAUGACUUGAUUAUCAGUCUGCACAGCUCGUCUGGCGGCGACUGGGAGGCCCUCGGCAAGAAGGCUGGAAUCAAUGAGACCCAACUGACGCAGUUCCUCGAGUACGCUGCUCAGUUCCUUGGCAACAGCGGCAACUAUAAGAGCUUCGGCGACUCCAAGUUUCUUCCGAGAUGCGACGAAAGCACCUUCGUCGCGUUGGCGAAGACCAGCUCCAAGGCCGAGGCUUUCUACAAGGCUACCAAUGGCGGCAUCUUCAGCGCUGACAAGCCUGGCCUGCUGCACCUUGGCUUCCCAGACAAGGGGCAUCUGACGACAUAUUACCCUGAUUCCCCAGACAUUACUCAGUCUGAGAUUGAAGCUGUCUCGGCAUGGAUGGAGAAGAAGGGUCUGUUGCCCGAAAACAACCGUCUUCGCAAGGCCAAGGACGGCAACUUCGAGCUCCUCAUCGCCUCGGCUGUCACCAGUAUCCCCAAUGAGGGCGGUGAUAUUGGCAAGGACACUCAAUUCACCGUGGAGGACGGCCUACUGAAGGGCAAGACAAUCAAGCUUGUCUAUGGCGAUUACGCUGCCGAGAUGAAGGCUAUUUCCGAAUAUAUCACCAAGGCCGGCGAGAACAGCGACAACGAGACGCAGGCAAAGAUGCAUGCCGCCUACGCCAAGUCGUUCCAUGAUGGAUCUCUCGUAUCAUUCCUGGAGAGUCAGAGGCAGUGGAUUCGUGACAAGGGCCCAUGGUCGAGUCGAACAUUGGCUUCAUCGAGACAUACCGAGACCCGGCUGGCAUCCGAGGGUGAAUGGGAGGGUUUCGCAGCAGUCGUCAACCUGGAGCGAACUCGGGCCUUCGGCGAACUCGUCAGUUCUGCCCCGGCUCUGAUUCCACUCCUCCCGUGGAGCAAGGAGUUCGAGAAGGAUAAGUUCCUCUCGCCGGAUUUCACUUCUUUGGAAGUCCUGACUUUCAGUGGAUCCGGAAUCCCCGCAGGUAUCAACAUUCCUAACUACGAUCUCAUCCGUCAAAGCGAGGGAUUCAAGAAUGUGUCUCUUGGCAACGUUCUCAGCGCCAAGGCCCCGAACGAGAAGAUUCCGUUCAUCUCCGAAGCCGAUCUUGCUGUUUACCAGAAAUACCGGGACCCUGCCUUCGAGGUUCAGGUUGGUCUGCAUGAGCUUACGGGCCAUGGAUGUGGCAAGCUCCUCCAGGAGACUUCGCCCGGUACCUUCAACUUCGACAAGGAGAAUCCUCCCAUCAGCCCCCUGACCAACAAGCCUGUAACGACUUGGUACAAGCCCGGCCAGACAUGGGGUUCUGUUUUUGGCAGCCUUGCUGCCUCUUACGAGGAAUGCCGAGCUGAGCUUGUGGCCAUGUACCUUGGCUGCGAGUUUUCUGCGCUCAAAAUCUUUGGCUUUGGUGAUGGGAGCGUUGACAUGGAUGGCGAGGCUGGUGACGUCCUGUAUGCCGCCUAUCUGUCGAUGGCGCGCGCUGGCCUGGUAUCUCUUGAGAUGUGGGAUCCUCGCAGCCAGAAAUGGGGCCAAGCUCACUCGCAAGCCCGCUUCUCCAUUCUGCAGUGUUUCCUCCAGGCCGGAGACGAUUUCUGUGUGCUGGAUUACAAGAAGGACGACCUUACCGAUCUGGAGAUCAAGCUGGACAGGUCCAAGAUUCUGACUACCGGCCGUGAUGCUGUCGGCAAAUAUCUCCAGAAGAUCCACAUUUAUAAGGCAACCGCCGACGUCGAGGCGGGCACUGCCUUCUACAAAGAGAUGACCAAUGUCGACAUGGACUUCUGGGGCACCAAGCUCCGGAACGUUGUCCUGCAGAACAAGCAGCCGCGUAAGGUUUUCGUCCAAGCCAACACAUAUCUCGAUGAGGCGACAGGCAAGGUUAGCCUGAAGCACUACGAAGCAUCCCCGGCGGGCAUGAUUCAGAGCUGGGCGGAUCGCGAGGCCUGA